UAAACAUUAUCCAUUAUCAUCCAUUUGGCUUCCUCUCCCUUCAUUUCUGUCUAAGCUGCUUUCAUUUCCAUCAAUGGGGAGCCAAACAUCAAAGGUAGACCAUGAAAAUGAUGAGAUUCAGCCUAAAGUGCCGCCUCUUCUCACCCGGAAACUGCAGGAGAUUGAGAAACGUAGGUUUGGAUCAAAUCUUUCUAAACAAAUACUGCUCCAGCAUUGUCCAGAGGAUGGCUCCUGCAGUGACCGAAAAAGUAGCGCCGUUUUGUCUCUGGAGCCUGAUGAUGAUAACGUAGGGUCUGCAAACAUAGCACCCCAGCCCAUGGUUUCUGAGAAGGAUAUCCUUAGUGUUGCAGGCGAAGGGGAAAACAAAGAAGAUGGUAACAAUGCUGAAGCUCGUAAGUUGAUAGAUAAAGAGACCAGGUCCAUGGAAAAGCUAAGCUUGGAAGAAAAAGAAGCCCAUAAGAAGAUUGUUGAAGAAAUUGGAAGGGUUAACAAAGAACGCCGUCCUUGCCUUACUUGUCCUGGAUCACCAAGUUUUAAAUUUUACCUUACUGAAAACGAAAUGGAAGAUGAUUAUUCUAGCAAAGAUGAUUUGCUGAUCAAAGGGUCGUUGAGCGAUACCGAUAUCAAUGCUGCCAAAGAGAUUUUUGAAUCUUUAUCAUCCACUGAGGAACCGAGCAGCAAGUUAAAGAGGAGAGGAAGAAGAAAGAUGAGAUUUAGAAGGGUGAUACCUCCGGGAAAACCAGUAAAGAACUUUCUCAAAGUUAAAUCAUGUUAUUACCCUUCUUGUGGCGACCAAAAGUUAAACCGACAUUUCUCAAAAUCCAGCAGCAAUGUUAAAUCAUAAAUGUAAAUGAAACGAGCUCAUUGCGUUUUCUUUCUUUCUUCUUUCAUUCUCUUCUAUCCUUGGUUACGACUUCUGUAAUUGUACCCGAUAGGAACUGUAUGAAAUUAAAUGAACCAAA